UCGGGGUGCAGGGGAGACUGAGACCACCCAGUGUAGUUGAUGUGUGAGUGACUUCCACCAGGGUCCGUGUGGACAUUCUGUCGGUGGUGGACGGAAGUAACCUCGCUGUAGAUCAGCCGGAGCUCGGUCCUCUGUCGGGACAGAUCUGCGUCUCUACGACACGAUUCAUCCGCGAGUCACGUCGCCGCAGCUCCGCUCGACACGGGUGAGCUCGUGCUGACCUGCAGGGGGUUCUUUACCUCCGCGAUCGGAACCAGACAACGAGCGAACUCCGACUUUGCAGGAUCCGGAACAACACCAUCCACUCCAGCUCCUCUCCAUCGUGCAUGUCCGCGUUAAACUUAAGUGUUUUCCAUCCUCUAACGGAAACCUCUCAGAUACUGUGACGGCCGUGAGUUCCCUGUGUUCUUCGCCAGUAACAUGUCCAUGUUCAGCACGGGCAUCCUUGUGCUGACUUCUCCUCUCCACACUCUGCCCCUGCGAAUCGCUCCAGUGCUCAGCUCAGCCGCUCAGCUCGUAGAGCGCACGCUGUACGUCCACCUCCACCCCGGGCUCAACUUGGGAAGUGGAAGUCAGCAGCGACCUGUUUUCAUCCCACCAUUGGUGGACCUGUCGACGGUCAUUACCCGCCUUUACAGCAAUGCAGCAGAUAUAUGCGGGCACCUGGAUAUUCGGGUGUUGCUGACCAAUGUCCGCGGUCAGUCCGCCGGUGCUCCAAAUUGCCCCUUCCCCACCCCACAGCCUCUGUCUCACUCCCCAGACGUGGUGCUCACAGACUUUCCCCUGCAGGACCCAGGUCAGUCGCAUCAGGUCACCCAGUGUCUGCAGAAGUACACUGGCCACUGCUACGUCUGUAGCCCCAGUCUGCCCUCGGUGCUGCUUCAUCCACAGCUGAUGAAGCUGCAGGAGAACGUGGAAGGUGUGAAAGAGACAGAAGGAAAAGCAGAACCUUUGGAAACAUAUGCUGAUGUGGUGGUAGGGGGGACGUUUGACCGGCUCCAUGGGGCCCACAAGACGCUGCUCAACAUCUCAUGCCUACUCGCCAACAGAAGGUUCCUUAUUGGUGUGUGUGACCAAGCAAUGCUGAAAAGAAAAGUGCUGAAGGAGCUGAUUGAGCCCUACUCUCUGCGGGUUCAGAUACUGCAGGAGUUCCUGCAAGACAUCAAACCAUCGCUGGAGGUGGAGAUCGUGCCCCUCGACGACCCCUUUGGAGUGUCUGUGGUCGACCCCCUGUUGCAGUGCAUUGUGGUUAGCGAGGAGACGAAAAAAGGAGGCGAGGCUGUAAACAAGAAACGCAUUGAAAAUGGACUUCCAGCUCUUGUUCUUCACGAGAUCCAGUUGCUGAAAGACGCCCACCACACUGAGACGGAGGAGGAGAAGAUCAGCUCCUCUAGUCUACGCUCUCGACUCCUGGGCACUCUCCUUACUCCGCCUAAAGACACAUCCCAUCUCCCUCCCCUCCCAUAUGUGAUCGGCCUGACGGGAGGCAGCGGCAGCGGGAAGAGCUCCAUCGCCAGGAGGCUGGAGGCUCUGGGUGCCGUCCGGAUUGACUGCGACAAAAUGGGCCACGCGGUGUAUCAGCCGGGUGCAGCAGCUUAUCACAGGGUGCUGGAAGAAUUUGGUUCAGAUAUUCUGAAUAAAGACCAAACCAUAAACAGACGCACACUAGGAAAGAAAGUUUUUGGAAAUCAGGAGCGGUUAAAAGCCCUGACAAAUAUUGUGUGGCCGGAGAUAGCACGUCUGGUGAAGAAGACAAUCAGCCAAGCCAGAGAGGAAGGUAAACAAGUGUGCGUGGUGGACGCAGCAGUUCUCCUGGAGGCCGGCUGGACAGACAUGGUCCAUGAGGUCUGGGUCACCGUCAUCCCAGAGGACGAGGCGGUGUUGAGAAUAACAGAACGAGACGGUGUGGCCGCAGAAGACGCCGUGCGCCGACUGAACAGCCAGUGGUCUAACGCCAAACAAGUGGAACAUGCUAACGUGGUGCUCAGCACGCUGUGGGAACCAGAGGUCACGCAGAAACAGGUGUUGAAAGCUUGGAGACUUCUUCAGAAGAGAAUCCAGCAGAGACAGUAGGAGCAUGCGUGGGUCCCUACGUCGUCCUAACCGUGACCCGUGCGUGUGAGCGAACGUCAGGCCCGGCCACACUUACACAGAAAUGACUGAUCCACAUGAGGAAACUUUGCCUUAGAAAGAAGAGAGAACGGCCACGGUGCCUUUGCAGUGAUCCCAGCAUGCGUCCUCACAUCUCUGACCAAGACUCAUCGACUUCCCACAGGUUUUUAAAGAUGUUUUUGCUGAAUGAUGGAAAGAACUGACCUCGUGGCUGCCUUUAAACAGAUACUGUUGUUUGUAAAUGUCGGUUCCAACAUUCAGUCCUAAAUCGUUCAAGACCAAACUUUUCUGCAAAGCCAGUAUUUUAAUCAGCUGACGACACUUUACACACUCUGUCCUCUUUUCAUGGCGUCUAUAACUAAUAUGAAUGUAGCUUAGAAAAGAAACUAACAGUAAGGGAAAGGGAAAAUGAACUGAUGCAUCUUUUUGGUUUCAUAGUUUGAGAAAUGGUUAAUUAAAUUUUUAGUAUAUAAUGAUUUAAUAAAAAACAUGUGCGAUAGAUUGAUAAUAUUACAGAAUAUUUUACUAAGAUAAUCUUAGUUUUCAUGCGGAAUGCAGGUAAACACACUGGGCACUGGAGACAAUACAAAUUUACGUAAAUCAAGCUCAGCCACUUGAAUAUGGAAAUCCCCACGCUGCAGCAAGUCAGUGAAUGUGGCCAGUAGACGAAACAGAUGACUCAGUCGUGUCUCAAUCGAAUCUGCAGAAAAUCGGUUAAUUGCAAUCCAAGAAAAAGCACUGGGUACCAGCUGGGCCAGUAGUCCCAUGACCAACCUUCUACUUCCAGAUCAUCCGAGUAUUUGUGUCUACGCAGCGGCCGCAGAGUAAAUCCCAAAGUCGUGAUGUGUUUGGCUUAUGGUGGCUUUACUGUUGCAAUACAUAACAGUAAUAUACUGCUUCUUCAGUAUUAAAGGCUUCUUCAAUUUGCUGGAUUGGUCUAAAUAGUGAUUGUUAGUGAUGUUUUGUCUUUUAAUUUCAUUGUCUUGCAUGUAAGCUGCAAACUCAGAGGAUUGCUUUAUAAAAUGGAAUAAGCAGAAUAAUAAAUCACAUGUUUAAGCCACGAGUGAGUCUGUGAGUUUUCUAAUCCGUUUUAUAUGUGAUGUUGAAGUUUAUUCAAACCUCUGUGUUCUUUUGUCAAAUAACAUGGACAGUUUUAUGUGGUUUAGGUCAAGAAAGAACCCUUUAACUUGUGGUGUGGAUCUGGUCAUUUCUUUUCCCCCACUUUUACAUUGUGAGAGGUUUUUUUUCUACGUUUUUAAUAAAAUUCAAAAUGUUGCUGAUCUCGUGAAUUUAAAUUUGGUUUCUUAAAGGAACAGUGUGCACUCUGAAUGCCCUUCUAGUGUUACAUAAAAU